GAUAACGCUCCGAGAUGGUGUUAUUUUACAUUUCUUUUCUGAUUAAAUUGUCCUUACCUUCAAGUCUUACAGGUUCUGUAGUUACACACACAGAAAAACUUCCGCAUUUCGCUCUACGUGGAUUUAUGUCUACAAAUGACAUUCUCUAUUUUCACUUUUCUGUACCACAUCACACAUUCAGUAGCAAGCUGUCUAUAUCCGCAAAUUUUCAUGAUUGCGUGCCCGAAGAUAUCAUCUUGUUAGUCCAAAAUUUCGUUUUCAUGACUCUAUCUCCUUUAGUACACUACGUGCUGGUUCUCUUCCUGUGGUUAGACCGUUUAAUGUUUCACUGCCAAACGGUGUUGUUAGCCCUGGUAACUCUUAUACAGUCAGUGUACCUGCUAGUAAACCUUUUAACCAAACGUUUGCUGCUGAUGACUGUGGCACAUACUCCUUCUUUUAUAUUAAGUCAACUAACUUACGAAAUGCAGCAAAUGCUGAAAUAGAUAUUAAAUCCCCAAAGUAUGGGUUGUGGUAUGUUGGAGUUUAUAUGACUAUAUCACUUCAGAAAGAAUGUAUAGCGUGGUUAUUACCUACUGUCAGACAUGAUAUUUCCAGUAUUGACGGAUAUAUAUCAUACAGUGAGAAUAUUCUAUCAAAACUCAACUACUCUACUACUUUUGAAAAACCAGUCGGUGAAAGCUCCACUAACUUUCCUAGUCAAUCAACACUCGAUUCACACGUCAGCAAAAGGCUGUUCCACAGGAAAAAACGACGCAAACCACUUUAUCGUUCAGCCAUUCAUUCAACAGCAGACCAACCAAAACAUGGUAGUUCCAUAGUACUUCCUAGCCCUUCAAAUGAACCAAUGAAUAGUGGCUCACAAGAUUCAGGGAAUAUAUUCAUAAUUUCACCAUUUGAUUUAGAGCUGUCUCCUAUGGAAAAUCGGUUGUACACACUCCCUGUUAUGGACGAAAUGACUAGUAUAGACUUUAUAUUAGAAGAAUGCAGGAUUGUUACACCGAUCGCCCCAUCACUUGGAAAUAUAUCGGAGUCUAAGAGGAGCAGCCCAAAUUUAAAAGAAGCAUCAGAAUCACCUUCAAACAAUGAUUUGCUCAGUGAAAUGAUAUCUGAUUCAUCUUUAUGUCCAGUCAUUGUUGAUGCUAGUGCUGGAGCCGUACCACUCAGUCUUUCUAAUCUAGAUCAACCUAAAGCAUUUGGAAUUUUGACUGAAAAUAAAUCUGACAGUAAAGAAGAUGCUUCUUUAAAUGCUGGUGGUCAACCUUCAAAUAUUUUUAAUCAAAUAUACCAAUCAGGUAUUCAAAGAACAUUCCGUUUACUGGGACUACGCGGUUCUCAAGUAGAGCAUUAUUUAUAUAUUCUUAACAGGGCUACUCAUGUCGCAGUGUAUGUUCGAUUAGCUGUGAUCCCAAAGUUUGGUUUUUCAGUAAUGAGAAAUUCCAGAAAUUUUCGUACUGAAGACUAUAUCCCUCUAACAAUUCAAUCAAAGUUGAAAAAAGAUUCACUACAAUUAUUAUUGUCAUUAUCAACUUCUGAUAAUAAAUCAAGUAAAGAGAAAUUAAAUUCAGGAAGAUUGAUGAAUGAAAGCAAUAAUAAUUUAAAUUAUCGUCAAUUUAUGAUAUCAUUGUUACCAUGGAUUAAUUCUAAUUGGCCAGAAUUAACACCAGAAUAUGGUGAAAAGAAGUGGAUUAAGAUUCAGUCUUCAAAUAAUAUUGUAAAUAGUAAUAAUAAUAACAAUAAUAGCAGUGAAAUAAUUCAUUCAAAUUUUGAUACAUUCAAUUCUGAGCAUCCAGGAUAUCAAAAUUUACCAUUAUGUUUCAUAUGGCCACAACCAUCACGGGUUCAAUUGCCGGUGAAAUUCACGUAUCAUUUUACUUAUCAGCCUGAUUUUGGUCGUUAUGCCAGUUUGUUACAUUUGAAACCAUGGCAUGUUGUAGCUAUACCUAUUACAUUGAAUGCAGUAACAGAUGUAUCCAGUGUCCUUGAAAUUGCUGUACAACUGAACGCACUCAACGUUUCUUGGCAAUACAAUGAAACAUACAGAGAACCUUUACCACGUCAAAUCAUACUGCAUGGAUGUUUUGCUCAGCAUCUGACAAAUACACCGAAAGGCUUCACAGAUCCGCGUCAGUGUCCCUUAUGGAUUCGUUUAGCUACAGACCAUGGAUUAGCAGUGUCUGUAGCACACGCUACAUCUUCAGCUGUUUUUCAAGCGUUCGCCUCUAGUCAGUCACCGCGUCGAAGUGAACGACCACCGAAUUUCGAUACAUCAUUUAGAGAAGAUGUAGACAGAAGCUUUUUUUACUUUCCUUAUCCAUCGCCUGGACUUUGGUACCUCAGCUUAUAUCCUGAGUGUUAUACAGCAUAUGAGGCUUUUUGUGGAUUCGAUCAGUCAGCGGUUAUUGAUGUCUCACUUAUUAUACGUUCAACUCCAUGUAUAAAUAAUCGUUGUCGACAAAUCGGUGAAGGUGCUUCUCUUGCACCAUCUCGUCUUCUGUAUCCAAAUAACUUUAAAGAAAAUAUUUCCACUGCUAGAGAUAUUAAUCAACGUUGGCGUCCACCAUGGUGGUCAAAUAGCGAUUAUAACAAUGACAAUAUUGACGCUUUACUUGAUAAAGACAAGAUAACCGCUUCCAGCUAUGACAGUCCAUUUAAACCAAUACCGAUUAGAAAACGAAUGCAUAAAAUACCAGGUGAAGGGAUAUGCAUAAAUCUUUUUCAACGAUCAAUUCAUGUAUCUACAUGUGCAUGUCCUAUUGGUUAUGCUGGUUUAGGCUGUAUGCCAUUACCGGUUCAAUAUUUUCAUACAUUUGGUCUUAAUCCACAAAGGCAAAUAUUAUCAUAUGAUGCUAUUCUAUUAUCUUUAUCAAAUUUUGGUUUUAUCCCAGCAAUUCUCUUAUCAGUUAUUCAUCGUUUAUGGAUACCAGCAUUAGUUUAUGGGUAUACUUUUCUAUUUUCUACAAUCAAUAUCUGUUACAAACUAAAAGCACUUUUCCCACCAAUUCAAUGGUGGAUAGUUGGAUUCAUUCCCGGUGUAUUGUUUGCAGGCAUUGGCGCUUCCAUGUUCUUCAAUGGACAAUCACCAAAGGAGUAUACAAAAUCGCAUAGUACAUGGCAUAUAUUAAUUGGUUUAUCAUUGGCUUGUUUUCUGCCUUGGUCAUUUCGUUGGCGUAUUGCAUUAAGCCCAAUUAUUGCUGUGCAUAUACCAUUAUCAUGUGGUACAUUAUCUGAAAAAUAUGAAUAUGAUUUGUCAAAUACAUCAAAUAGUAAUUCUUUAGUACCAGUCGAUGAAGCAGUACCUGAAGAAGCAGGAAUCAUUACUUCAAGUGGAUUACAACAAGAUAAUAGUAAUACUACCAAUAGUAAUAAUAAUAAUGCUAAUUUUCCUGGUGAAUAUAUAGUCUUACCAAAAAUUGCAUAUAAGUCAUCAAUUAUUCUAAGUAAAAUUUUUGAUUUAUCUAGUGUAAUAUCACAGUGUGCAUUAAGAACUUAUCAAAAAUUUACCUCCCGACUGGAUCAUCUACUUCAGUUGAAUUUUAUCCUUGAUCCUAUAUGUUCCCGCUGGCCGAAAUUAAAAUGGAUAUUACCAUACGGUUACAAGUCGGAGACCACAAUAUCUGUUAGUACUCAAGCCGACUGA